GCUCUGGCGGCGGCCGCCCGUGCACAGCCGUCGGCGUGACAGCCGUCAGUGUGACGGUCCGGCCCGGUGACAGCCGUCAGUGUGACGGUUCGGCCCGGUGACAGCCGUCAGUGUGACGGUCCGGCCCGGUGACAGCCGGCAGCGUGAGAGCGCGGCCGGCACGCCGGCGUCGCAUGCCUGGCAUCAGCCAUCAGCAUGUCCCUGCUCAGCGUGACAGUUAAACGUGCAAAGUUCAUCGGACCGCAAGCAAACCAGCUCAGCACGUACGUCACCCUGAAAUUGCAGCAUGUCAAAUCAACGACGGUCACUGUCAAGGGAGCCGAGCCCUGCUGGGAGCAAGACUUCCUGUUUGAGACCGAGCAAAUGGACACCGGCCUGCUGGUCGAGGUCUGGAGCAAGGGCCUGCUGUGGGACAAGGCGCUCGGCUACACGUGGUUGCCACUAGUGGACGUCCAGUACUCAAACGAGGAGGGGCUGGGACAGUGGUUCCCACUGGACGCCGAGCUAGUGAUGAACAACGGCGAGGUAGUUGGCACGCGGGGGCCCACCGGAGACCAGGCGCUGCUGGACUGCCGCUUCGAGGUGCCAUUCGACAUGAUGGACUGCGAUGCGGGCGAGCUGCAGCGAAAGCUGGAGGUGCUCAACUCGGUGAUGGCUUCGGAAACGGUGCCGCCGGGUUACGGCGGCGGCACGGGUGGGGCCGGCGGCGGCCGGCACCUCCAGCUGCAGCAGACAUCUGGGGUAUCCGAAGACAGCGACUACACCAGCGACAUCGGCUACCCCAUCGGCCAGAACCCCAACUCGUCGGCAUCGCAGUACCUGGGAGCGGCAAACAGCCUGGCCGGCGGUCAGGGCUACCCACAUCACCAGCUGUCGCCCGGCUACCCUGGCCAGCACCAGCUGUCGCCCGGCUACGGAAGCGGAGGUUACCCGGCUCACCCAGAGAUGUCGCCCAGCUCCGCCUGGCCCGAGGACGAGCUCUACUACAAUAGCCGGCCGCCCGGUCGAACUGUCUCCAGCCAACAGGGCCAGCACGGACAGCGGCCGCGGCACGCAGCCAGCUCCGCAUCUCAGCCGCAGCGGCUCACGCGGAACGUCUCGGAGACAGGCCGGCGCCACAGUCUGGAGCGCCAGACGACCCUGUACGAGGAGCAGCCGGCGGAGGGCGACGUCUUCGCGGACGGGUGGCCGGCCGAACGCCAGAGGGAGACGAAAGGUGAAGAAGAGGCCGAGUACGAAUACGACCCAGCAUACCAAGAAUACUACGUGGACGAGAACGGCCAGCCGUACUACGAGUACGCCGAGGACGACGGCCAGCAGGCGCAGCACGACUCGGCGGAGUACUACGGCGACUACGACGCGGCUGAAUACGCGUACGAUCCGGAAGCGUACCCGGCGGCCGGCGACGACGGCGUCGAGGCGACCGGCGACGGUGUCACGUUCUCCGGCGCCCAGACCGGCUACAGUGAGGUGCAGGCCGGGAACAGUGGGGUGCAGGCCGGCUACAGUGAGGCGCAGACCGGCCACAGUGAGGCGCAGACCGGGUACGGUGGGGUGCAGCCCGGGUACGGUGAAUACGACGCGGACGAUUACGACCAGGCGGCCGAAUACUACGACGAGGAGACGGGCGACUAUUUUGACGGCACGGCCUGGAGCUACUACGACGAGGACAGCGGCGAGUGGUACUACUACGACGACGGUACCUACAACGAGAACUACAACUACGCGUACGACAGCUCCGAGCAGCUGAACCAGACGGAGAAGGACGCCGCGAGCGUCGCGAGAACGAGUUCGGGCGCGGCGGCGCCUCCCGCGAGUGUACCGCGAGUGCCUCUGUCGGCCGGGGACGGCCGGCUGCCGACCGGCCAAAAGAAGCCAGACUUCGGCCUGGGGAACCUGGGCCUGACCAAGCUGACCUCGUCGCUGGGCCAGAUCGGUCAGUCGGUGGGACAGACGGUUCGCGGCGCCGGCAGUGCCUCCUCGCGCCCCGGUUCGACGCAGUCCGCGCAGGGCGGCGAGCAGCUCACCGCGCUGGGGAACAAGGUCGGCACCAAGACGAAGGAGGUGGGCUCGAUGUUCGCGGGCUUGUUCCGCGGCCUCGGUGCCGACACACGGCUGGCCAAGACACCGGCGCAGUCGACGCCGAAUCUGGCCAAGGUUUCGGCCUGA